AUGGGGGGCACCAUCAGCAUCCGCAACGACACCCCCUUCGUGAUGCAGGUCAGCCUAGACCAAGUGGGGCCCCUGUACUACUCAAACAAGGUGCAGCCUGGGCAGACAUUCUUCCGCAAAACAGGCAGCGUGCACUUCACGGUCAAGUGCCGCUGGUACCAGGGAAAGGACAUCAGUGACUGGAGUGUCGCUGCCCCAAUCCUGUACACAACUGUGGGUGCCGUCACCCUGGCUGCCUUUGGAGCAGUGGCGGCAGCGGCGGUUGCUGGCGCUGCUGCAGCGGAGGCCGGCGUGGUGGCUGCCGGUGGGGCUGCUGCAGCUGGAGCUGCGGAGGUUGCAGCGGUGGAUGUGGGAGCAGCCGUUGCCGGUGGCAUGGCAGGUGGGGUGGUUGGGGCAGGCGCUACCGCAGGCAUCGUGGGGGCCAAUCCCUCCGAAGGGCUGUGCACGACCAGGCUUGGGGAGCAGACUUUGCACUGGGUGGAUGGCGAUCGCAGGAUGAAUGCGGCCAGCUCGCUGAAGGCAUGUGUGAGGGAGCAUAGGAACUGGUUCGAGGCUGUGAGCCUUGGUUGGUUCGCUGGGAACCAUCCCAGGCUGAGGCUGGUUGGGGGUCCAAAGAUGUUGGGGAAGGACAGUGAGGGCAACCCUAUUUUGGACUUGUCAAAGGGCUCGCCACUGAGGCUCCAGAGGGUGUGA